ACGUCUUCGGGAUGCGGGCAGCCCACACGGUCAUAGGGAGAACGUGCAAACUCCGCACAGACAACGCCGGGGUCAGGAAUGAUCCUGGCUCACUGGAGCUGUGAGGCAGCGGCUCUACCAGUUGCACUUUACUCCGUGUGCUGCCCCCGCGUUACACCGUGCGUUUCACGGUGCUGAGUUCAGCGGAUGCCGUGUCUACCGUCCAUUCUGACCGGGAUCAACCCACCAGAAAGCAAGAAAUUACCAGGAACUGGGAGUCAUCCAGAAUCCCAUCAGCCACCGUUCCAUCCUAAAUAAACCCUCCUAUGGCGAGGGAGCCAGUCAGAGAGGCUGGGAGUGGAGACGAGAUUUGUCCACGUCGGCACUGCGCAACAUGGAUCCCUCUGCACUGGAACCUUCUCUCUACACCGUCAAAGCAAUCAUCAUCCUGGACAAUGAUGGGGAGCGUCUCCAUGCCAAGUAUUACGAUGACACGUAUCCCUCCACAAAGGAACAAAGGAAUUUUGAAAAGAGUAUUUUCAACAAGACACACAAGAAUGAAGGUGAAAUUGCGUUCCUGGAGGGACUGACCAUCAUCUACAAAAGUUCCGUCGAUCUGUACUUCUACAUUGUAGGGAGUCCACAGGAAAAUGAGCUCAUGCUGAUGGCCGUCCUCAACUGCCUGUUUGACUCUGUCAGCCAGAUGUUACGGAAGAAUGUGGAGAAGAAGUCUCUGAUGGAGAACAUGGAUGGGGUCAUGCUGAUCACAGAUGAGAUCGUGGAUGGAGGGGUGAUUCUGGAGAGUGAUCCACAGCAGGUCAUUCAGAAAGUGAAUUUCCGGGUUGAUGACACGCCUUUAACUGAACAGAGUAUGGCCCAGGUCCUGCAGUCGGCAAAGGAACAGAUCAAAUGGUCACUGUUGAAAUAAAACCAGAAUCUUCCUU